AUGGUAGCAUUAUUCCACGAUAUGAUGCAUCAAGAGAUCGAGGUCUAUGUUGAUGAUAUGAUCGCAAAGACUCGACCUGGGAAAAGCCACAUCGAAACCUUGAAAAAGUUGUUCGAUCGACUCCGUGAAUUCAAGCUCCAUCUAAAUCCCACCAAGUGCGUGUUUGGAGCGACAUCUGGUAAAUUACUUGGAUUCAUUGUGAACAGUAAAGGGAUUGAGAUUGACCCAGCUAAAGCUAAAGCUAUAUGUGAGUUGCAACCUCCAUCAAUGAAGUCGGUUAAGGGUCCAGUGAUCGCCGAUUUAUUGGCUGAGAAUCCAAAAGCCUCAAAUAAUUAUGAUCGUUCCCUAGAUGACCGUAUCUUGAUUGUAAAUGAAGACUCAUGGACAAUGUUCUUUGAUGGAGCUAUGAACUUGUCUGGUUCUGGCACCGGAGCAGUUUUGAUAUCCCCAGACAAACAGCAUCAUCCAGUAGCUGCGAAAUUGAUAUUCCCAUGCACUAACAAUACAGUCGAGUAUGAAGCUUGCAUCCUCGGGCUUCAAGCUACAAUCGAGAUGGGUGUGGCCAAAUUAAAAGUGUUCGGGGAUUCCGCGUUAAUCAUACUGCAGACCGUAGGUGAAUGGAAGACUAAGGAUGCUAAAUUGCUCCCAUAUCACAAGUACCUAGAAGAAUUGAUCAAGGGAUUCGAUGAGGUUUCAUUUGAAUACUUACCGAGGUCUCACAAUCAAUUUGCAGAUGCGCUCGCAACUUUAUCAUCCAUGUUGCAAGUCACUGACGGAUUAGAAGUCGAGCCAUUGAAAAUAGAGGUUUUGCCAAGGCCGGCUUAUUGUAUGGUAGUGACUGAAGAAUCUAACAAAAAACCAUGGUAUUACGAUAUCAUGAACUACAUCCAAAAACAAGGAUUCCUCGAGAAAAGUACUCCAGCUGAUAGGAAGUACAUUAUGAAGAUGGCCUCAAAGUUCUUCGUCAGUGGUGAGAAUUUAUACAAGAGAUCCUAUGAUUCAAUCUUGUUGCGAUGUGUGGAUGCAGCUGAAGCCACUCAAAUUAUGCAAGAAGUUCAUGAAGGAGUGUGUGGCCCUCAUAUGAAUGGGCACAUGUUGGCUAAAAAGAUUAUGAGAUUAGGCUAUUAUUGGCUCAUGCUAGAAGGUGACUAUAUUCAGCAUGUUCGAAGUUGUCAUCGUUGCCAGAUGUCGAUUCGUACUUCUACCGGGGCAACUCCUUUUGCUCUGGUAUACGGCAUGGAGGCAGUUUUGCCUGUGGAAGUGGAGAUUCCUUCCCUGAGAGUAUUAUCACAAGUGGAGUUAUCUGAGGCAGAAUGGUCGCAACAAAGACUUGAACAGUUAAACUUGAUUGAUGAGAAAAGACUGAAGGCCCUCUGCCAUGGCCAAGCAUAUCAACAGAGAGUAGCCAAAUCUUUCAACCGAAAGGUGUGGCCGAGAUGUUUUGAGGUAAAUGAUCUUGUUCUAAGGAAGCUAUUGCCAAUUUUUCCAUAUCCUGGGGGGAAGUUCGCUCCAAACUACAGUGGCCCAUAUGUGGUAAAUAAGGUACUUCAUGGCGGUGCUUUGAUCUUGGCAAAAAUGGAUGGUCGUGUGUUUUCUACUCCAGUUAAUUCAGAUGCUGUCAAGAAAUAUUACCCAUGA